UUUUGGAAAACAGAAAGAAUAAAAAAGAAGAAAUAGUGCGAGGAAAGAAGAAGGAUAAUAAAGAUUAUUUACGUAUCUCGAAAGAAGAAGAAGUAAUAGAAGAAGAAGGAGAGGAGAGAGAGAGGGAGAGAGAGAGUUGGUAGGUCGACGGUGAUGGCAUGAGGACUUUAAUAAGGACGGACUGUGGGUCCAGCGAGGAGGAGGAUGAGGAUGGUGGUGGGCGUGAUGGUUCUGGGUCAGCUCCUGACGAGGAUCUUGCUCGCGGCUCACGCUGGAGAUCGGCUUGCAGCAGCUCGAAGGAUACUCAGGGAUGUUCCGCUAAUCGACGGGCACAACGAUCUACCCUGGAAUAUACGCAAGUUCCUAAAGAAUCAACUACGAGGAUUCAGAUUUGAUGAUCUCAGUGACAUCCGUCCUUGGUCGGGCAAUGCCUGGAGUCAUACAGAUCUAAGGAGAUUGAGAAAGGGAAUGGUCGCCGCACAGUUUUGGUCGGCGUACACGCCCUGUCCAUCCCAAUAUCACGACUCCGUUCAACUUGCUUUGGAACAAAUUGACGUGAUUCGUCGAUUGGUCAACAAACAUCCCGAAAGUAUGGUCCUAGUUACUACGGCCGAAGGGAUCGAGAGAGCACACAAGGAGGGUAGAUUAGCGAGUCUUAUAGGGGUUGAAGGGGGACACGCCAUCGGCACGAGUUUGGCGGUCCUAAGGAUGCUCUACGAGCUCGGUGCCAGAUAUCUAACGUUAACUCACACGUGCCACACGCCUUGGGCAGACUGCAGCACGGCGGAUGAACCCGGUCAAGUGCCUCACGUCGGUGGUCUCUCCAACUUCGGUAAGAGCAUCGUUCUCGAGAUGAAUCGACUGGGAAUGAUGGUGGAUCUAUCACACGUUUCUGUACCCACUAUGCUGGACGCAAUGGUGAGUUCAAGAGCGCCGGUCAUUUUUAGCCAUAGCAGCGCUCACGCUCUAUGCAAUUCCUCGCGAAAUGUGCCUGAUCACGCGCUAAGACAUUUGGCGCGGACCGGUGGUAUAGUUAUGGUAUCCUUCUACCCCCCUUUUAUAAGCUGCAGCGAGACAUCGACUUUGGAGGAUGUCGUUGCGCACAUUAACCACAUUCGUAAAAUCGCCGGUGUGGAUCACAUUGGAAUCGGAGCCGGCUACGACGGCAUUAAUUUGACACCGGCAGGUCUCGAAGACGUGAGCAAAUAUCCAGAGUUAUUCGCGGAAUUGUUAGUGCGCGGAUGGUCAGAGAGAGAUAUCCAGAAACUUGCUGGAUUGAAUCUCAUCCGGGUCUUCAAGGCGGUCGAACAGGUGCGUGACAGGAUGGCUGCAGCUGGAAUGGAGCCUCUCGAGGAGGAAAUUCCUUCUGAAGACGUUCUUGGCCGUAAUCAUUGCCGUUACAACGUCAGAAGACUGGCGGUACCCUAAGCCAUAAGCGGAACAUUAUCCACGGACUACUACUUCAUCCUUUUUUUUUUUUUUUUUUUUUUCAAGAAUGAUGAGAAAAAAGCGGAAGGAUGAUUAUAACAGGAAAAUGAUAAAAUACGAGCGGGACUCUUUUUCAUUUUUUAAAUUCGAAAUUCGUACCAAAAUUGCGUCUUUCUCAAAUCUUUGUAAGACGAUAAGUAGAUAGAGAAGAAAAACAUUAAUGAAAAUAAAACGAGAAAAAGAGAGAAAAAAAGCACAUGAAAAAUAAAAAAAGAAAAAAAAAAGAAAAAAAAAGAAAAAAAACGAAACGGAUAAACACGCGAAAAAUAUGUAGAAGAAGAAGAAAAAAAAAAAAAAAGAAAAAAUAGAAAACGAAAAAAAAGUUCAAUUCUGCCGAUGACUUUCGCGCAAAGUUGCACUAUAACUUGUAUUUAUGUACAAGUUGGUUGCGCGAGAGUAAAGCCGAUUAUUAAAAAAAGAA